CCGCAUCCCCUCCUUCCGUACCCCAAGCUAGGAUUUUUAAUCCCCACUUCUCCUUUCACAGCCCGGGACAAGACUUCCAUUCCUUCGUUUUUUGCUGGUAUUUUUUUUCCUCAUGUGACGCGAGGGGCCGCCCCCUGCCUGGGGCGGAGGCUACUGGGAAGCUCCCGCCUUCCGACCCCUGCGGGCCCGCGGUUGAGAGGGACCCUCUCGGGGCUCGUGCGCGCUUUGGGCGCUCGCCCCAAAUGCUCCUGGUGGAAAAGACGUGCUUUUUCUAGGUUUCAACAGAGACGAAGUUUUGCUGUGUUGUCCAGGCUGGUGUUGAAAUCCUGAGCUCAAGUGGUCUGCCUGCCUCGGCUUCCCAAAGUGCUGGGAUUACAGGUGAGGCUGCUGUCAGAAAGGAACUUUUACACAGUUUGCCUUCAGAGACAGUCUAUCUGCAUGCUGUAGAGUUUUAUUACUUAGAAAAUAAAUGUUACUUAUAUGAUGGUUUUACUCAGCAUUUGGUGUGGUGGAUCUUACAUAAACCUUUAGAACUUACACUAGAGUGUUCAAGUCUUCUGAGACUCCAGAGUCACCUAAGUGGAGACGGGGUUUCACCGUGGUCUCGAUCUCCUGACCUCGUGAUCCGCCCGCCUCGGCCUUCCAAAGUGCUGGGAUUACAAGCGUCAGCCACCGUGCCCGGCCAUUUCUAAUAAAGAUUGUGGUGGUGCCAUGCAGCAAGAAGCAGAGAGAUGCAGAGUUCGAGCCAGAAGGCCUGACAUGGCACUUUAUGUACCUAAAGCUCGUAGGGGUGCAGUACUCCUUAAGACAGGUAGUGAAGAAGAAAGCUGUGGUUCACCUAACUCUGUGGUGAAAGAAAAGCAAAAAGAAAGUUCUCUCUCCCAAAAAGAAGUCUUUAGAGACAAACCGGAGGCUCGAAGACUGAGUAUCAAUCCUGAUAGAAAGGAGCAUAAUUGUAGAGAAGGAAAGAAAUCUUCAACAAAAUUAAGAAUGGACACAUGCCUUCAAAAAACAAAUAGAGUUUGUUCUAAGAGAGGAACCACUGAAUCCAAAGAAGUAUUAUCCCAAGGACAACAGCAGGGAGCCCCAAAUGCUGGGGUUAUAACUAAUGCACCUUUACAGAGACAUUUUAAACCAAAGAAGGUAGAGUGUUUGGAAGUUGAAACUACAGAUGUGACAGGACUUGAGAGGAUACUUCUUUCACAGGCCUGUUCAGAAAUCAGUGAGGCUCGAGUUCCAAGCAAACCAUUCCAAAAUGUGGAAUUCUGUGACUUCAGUAGGCAUGAACCUGAUGGGGAAACAUUUGAAGACAAAGAUUUGGAAAGCAGAAUUGAAACUGAUAGCAAGGUUUUGGAGAUACUAUAUGAGUUUCCUAGAGUUUUUAGUUCUGUCAUGAAACCUGAGAAUAUGAUUGUACCAAUAAAACUCAGCUCUGAUUCUGAAAUUGUACAACAAAGCACGCAAACAUCAGAUGGAAUAUUGGAGCCCAGCAGCAGAGGCAUCACCACUACUUCUGUUCCUGGAAGUCCAGAUGGUGUCUUUGAUCAAACUUGCAUAGAUUUUGAAGUUGAGAAUGUAGGUGGUAUAGCCAGUAGUACAGGUUUCAUCUUAGAUCAAAAAGAUACAAAUUCCAUUCCUGAAACUACGGGUCACAUCUCUGUGUCAGAGAGCACAAAUGACACUGUUAGUCCAGUAAUGAUUAGAGAAUGUGAGAAGAAUGACAGCACUGCUGAUGAGUUACAUAUAAAGCACGAACCUCCUGAUACAGCUGUCCUUGCCCAUGAAACACAUAGAGAUAAUGGAUUUAAGAAUGUAGGUGACAUUACCAAUAAAGCAUGUAUGAUGGACACUACAGGUAUGUCCUGUAGUGAUCAUGUAACUGUUGAUAGCCCUUAUGUAGUUGCAGUUAGAAUAGCUGAUGAGACCUCUAAUAAUACACGAAGUUUCUCAAAGUUUAUAGGAAUGAGUGCAGAUGCAACUCCUCUUCAUGUAGCUAAAAGUGGGAAUGACACUGAAAAUUUCAGCAACCUGACUGCUUGCUCAGAUAUUUAUGCUGAGAGUAUUUCAUCUCAUUUUACAGAGUCAACAGGAAAGUUGAUAGAGAGCUUGUCAGAUUGUGCUUCCUCCUUACCUAUAAAAAAGAUUGCUGGUAGUAAUUAUAACACUUUUUUGGACUCUGAACUCAGUAUGUUGAAUGGGAAAAAAGUUCUUUCAGACAGUGCCAUGGGCAUUGAUCUGGGUAGUACUGGUGAUACAACAGAAGCAUUGCACGAACUAAGAACUGCCGAAGAGUUCAAAACAAAAGAGCAAGAUGACUCAGAGAAUAUAGAAUUUGGUGUAUCUUUUCCUGAUAGGGAAUUAUUAUCUAUGGAAACAUCCAUCGAACCAAAAGCAACGGAAACUUCUCACACAGAGGGAAUUACUGCCACUGAGGAGAGCUGGGAGUCUAUGUUUAACGAUGAUGGUGACUGCCUGGAUCCACGUUUUCUACAAGAGUUAUCAGGGAAUAUGAAGAGCAGAGAGAGCAUCCAGGAACCUAGAUUUGAUUACUACAACCAUGAAGUUCCCGAUAUUGACCUCAGUGAUUGUGAAUUCCCACAUGUCAUUGAAAUUUAUGACUUUCCCCAAGAAUUUCGUACUGAAGACCUUCUACGGGUUUUCUGCAGUUAUCAAAAGAAAGGAUUUGAUAUUAAAUGGGUGGAUGAUACACAUGCCCUAGGAGUAUUCUCCAGUCCAAUUACAGCUCGUGAUGCGUUGGGUAUUAAACACACCAUGGUGAAGAUUCGUCCCUUGUCACAGGCCACAAGAGCAGCCAAGGCCAAAGCUAGAGCUUAUGCUGAGUUCCUCCAGCCAGCAAAGGAGCGUCCUGAGACUUCAGCAGUCCUAGCCAGAAGGUUAGUCAUCAGUGCCCUUGGGGUUCGAAGUAAGCAGAGCAAAACCGAACGAGAAGCAGAGCUCAAGAAACUGCAAGAAGCCAGAGGUGAGCUGAAAGGAUGGUGGUGUUCUUCUCUAGGCCCUUUAGAGCUCACUGUAAGGCAUGUGUUUAAAAAAAAAAAAAAAAAGAAUGAAGCCCAUUCCAUUUUUGUCAUUUCUGUUUCCUAGAAGCCUCCUAAGUGUAUAGAAAUUUUCAUGCCUUACGUCCAGGAAAAGACGUUUCAGGAUUUGUCUGCCUGUUUCACACACCAAGACAUUCUAAUCCACGCUCCUACUGUUGUUUUCCAAGAGAUAGGUUUGGUCUUCUCAGCUCAUCCAUGGCUUUUCCUACAGUUUUUCUCUGAGAAAAAUUUUCCUGUGAAAACAGGUAGUGUCCUAGGCAGAAAACAUUUGCUAUGGUUUUACUGGGCCACAAUUGCCAUGAUAUUGCCCUCAUGUUAUCAAAUGGUUUAGAUCUGAGGUAGAAGACAAAUUUAAGAAAAGCCAGCAACUGACAUUGAUGAUAACAACUGUAGGAGGUUUUUUUGUCUUUUUAAGACCGUCCCGAGUGGCUCCAUUAGAGUACAUCUAGAUUUACCUGUCUUCUGAUUAUUUUCCAGUAUCCAGGAGUUCUCAGAAAAAUAUUUCCCCUGAUCCACAAGCAGAGUUUUUCUUUCUUACAGUUUGGAGUUGAAGUUAAAAUCUCUCUCUCUCUCCUCUACAGGCUGUUGAAUUGUAUGUAAAGGCUUGGGACUCUGGUGUGGCGCUUAAGUACUUUUUAUCAACCUUCAGGCUUUAGACAGUCUCAUUGCCUUAGCCCACAAUCCCUGGAAUCUAUGAAGGCAAUUUAUUCUGAAAAUUCCACUUACCGAAAAGUAACUUCAUUUUUCCAUUAAACGAAUUGAAGUUUCAAACUCCUUGUUUAUUGCUGGUCUAACAAGGCCAUUAAUACUUCCUGUCCUCUCUGCUUUGGUGAUAGCAGGCAGCUUGUGGACUCUCAGCUGCACUGGCCAGAUAACCAGUGACAGAGUGUGUCAUGGCAGGUGCUAGAGUUUCAGAGUUGAACGCAACUAAUUUUUGAAACCUGAAUGAUUAUAAUGGGCAGUUUUGAUGUUUUCCGGUCAUUGUUUACUCAAAGGCCCUACAGACUAUAGAAACAUAACCAGAUUCCUUGGGUUUUUAUAGAUGGCAAUAACAGAACUAGAUUAAAGAUGAAUGUACAGUGUCCUUAACCCUUUGUUAAUUGGUUGUCUCUGAAGAAAAUGAUUUCUGUGUGAUAACAGUGGUAUCUAUAAAAGGGGAUAUGACUCCCUUUGCCAUGUUAUCAUGCUUCUUUGUGGGUGUAUAUCACCUAUAUCUCUACAGAUCCUGCAGCAGUGGUUUUGCGUGGACAUCAUCUUGAGUAUUCCCUUUUCUUUCUCUAGGCGUAUCAGCAUGUGGCUCCACAUGAAGUAUUUGUUUUAAAUGUCUGGCUAUACAAAGGACAUUUCAGUGAUGCAAUUAAAAAUGAUUCUGUUGACUAAGUGGGUACCCUAUUGCUUUUCUAAAGAAGGCCUUUAUUUGUGAAUAGAGACCCACCGUGAUAAGUUCCUCCUACCUAUUGGUGCUGAGGCUGUAUGGAUUAUGAGGACUCUUUAUUAUGCUCCAGCGUGCUACCAUUCUUUGUUAUCUGAGGAAAUGCAUCUGGAAAAUUUCCUGAUAUAUCUCUUUCUGGCAUCUUUCUGUGUUGGGCAGAUACUUAUAUGCUUGCCUGCAUGGAGCCCAGGCUUUAAAUAUUUUUUUUCGGUGGAAACUUUACUGUUUUAGGUAUUAGACUCUGGAAUCUCACUUCCUGGGUCCACAUCUUAGGUCUGCCAUUUACUGUCUGUGUGACCUUGAGAGGGUAGGUAAGUAACUUACUUACUUUCUGGGGGCCUCUGUUUUCUCAUCCUUAAACGGAACUCAAGCGAGUUAAUCCAUGAAGGAUAAUUAGUCAUCUUCAAAAAACCAUAGGGACUCUCUUGCUCCUGUUUCUAUAGGCCUAUAAUGAAUUAUAUGGUAAGUGUUAGCUGCUGCUGUUUUUGUUAGUAAUAAUAGAAAUAUUAUAUGGUGAAUCCAGCACAGAUUUCAGUGCAUAUUUUUGUCAUUACUGUUUUUAUUUUAAAAUUCCUGUAGUCAUCUGUUAGCUCCAUUUGGCAUUCACUGAGCACCUGCCCUGUGCAGAUCAUUGUGUUCCCUGUUUAGGAGAAUUAGAAAGAUGGCAAGAUUUUGUUCCUCUCCUUAAGCCUUACAGUCUAGUGGAGAUAAUCUGCCUUGAGUAGGGAAGAAAAUAUGUUCCUCUUUUAGGUAUUUUAAGCAGUUGUUUUUCCUCUCACUUCAGUUCUGAAGAUUUUAAGAUUAAAAACCAUAAAUGGUUUUUGUUGAUUAAAAGGACAGGAAGGAAACUCCAUCAUAACUUACAGGUUAUGAUGAUAUUGCAUUAUGAUAACUCUGUGACCAGUGAUACCAUCUUGAGUUUAGAGCUGACCCAGAGAAGUUAAGUAACUGGCCUAAGGUCACCCAGCUGGUAAACUGAAAGAGAAGGCAUCUGAAUCUAGGUACUGCUGAUUAAAACCCAUGCUUCUUUUGUAAUACUGUAAUCCCUCUUAAAGGACUUUUGGGGUUAUUGACAUUUUUUCCCAGAAAAAAAAUACUUACAUAAAACAUUUUUUAAAGUCUCCAGGAACAAAAUAUGACAAGCUUCUUUGUUAUCUGUACCAAUGGUUAGCAGCUUUUCUUUU